GCGUACCGGUAUCGGCUAGUGUCCUCGCAGCGUCCGUUCUCGCCCUCGCGGUCGAACGGGUCGGAGAAACCGAUGAAAUUUGGGAUUUUGUUCGUGCGGCAGUGCCAAUCGUUAGGAGGGUCGCCAUUUUGUCCGGAGGAGGCCCGGUCGGGUGAACGGGGCGAAAAAUAGGUGCACCCUCGGCCGAGCGACGUUGAAAUCGCGUAGAUAAUGUAGGUAUAGAUUAGUGGAACAAGGCCUUUAGGAUAUAAUCAUAUUUAAUGCCAGUGAAUGAGGUAGAUGCUUCUUUCCGUGACAUUGUUAUACACAGACAUUUUGAGACAAUCGGAGAUUAGCGUAGGCAGAUCGGAAUGACGAUUGCCACAAGGGGUCAGGGGGUCGGUAUAGACCCCCCUGAAAGCCAGCAAAAUUCACAAAUGCAUAGUCCACCAGGGACUCAGCAGCUGGCAGAUACAAUGUCAGGGCUUCAGUUAACAGAGAAUGUACUGCAAACCGAAUGUAGUAACGAGAAUAUAAACACAGGGGAAGAUAAUAAUCAACAACAACGCGGGGAACCUGAUUUUCCACAUGCUAAACUUGCAAUGCUGGAUGAAAAGAUAUCUAGUCCACGAUGGGUUGUACCAGUUUUACCCGAACAAGAGUUAGAAUGCUUAUUGCAAGCUAGUAUUGAACUGUGCAGAAAAGGAAUUGAUGUACAAAGCGAAGCAUGCCAGCGUUUUUUUCGAGAGGGACUCACGAUAUCUUUUACAAAAAUUCUGACCGACGAUGCGGUAAAUAGUUGGAAACUGAACAUACAUAAUUGUAUCAAUACUAAUUGUGAAAGAUUGGUGGAGCUUUGCAUCCUUAAGCUAGACGAGGACUGGUUUCCUCUUCUUGAUUUGCUGGCAAUGGUUUUUAAUCCUAAUAAUAAAUUCCAUACAUUUAAUGCAGCAAGAGUAUCUGAAACGGUACCACCUGGCAGUAAUAUUCCAGACGAGGAACUGUUUGCACGACCACCUCCUGAUUCCAGAAGUCCUCGCGGUUGGCUCGUUGAUCUUAUCAAUAGGUUUGGGGACUUCAAUGGAUUUGAAAUAUUACUGGCAAGGUUUCGAAGUGGGCGGAACUUAACAGUGCCAGUUAUUUAUGCAUUGCUCAGACCUUUCGGACUGUGCUACGAACUAUUGACGGUUCAGACAAUAGUUAAAUAUCUUAUGCCCAUAGUGGAAAUGGUGCCUGUCAUUUUGGAUAACUUAACAGAUGACGAAUUAAAAAAGGAGGCAAAAAACGAAUCGAAAAACGAUGCGAUAUCGGCCAUAAUCAAAGCCAUAAAGUGCCUGGUGUCGCGAGUACCACAUCAAGAGGAGAUGAUUAAGAAUUUAGAAAUAUUGAGACUGAAAAUGAUCUUGAGGCUUCUGCAAAUAUCGUCAUUCAAUGGAAAGAUGAACGCUUUGAAUGAAGUAAACAAAGUCAUAGCCAGUGUAAGUUAUUAUCCACACCGCAAUCCAAGUCUUGAAGAUGAAGAAUGGCUGACGGCCGAGAGAAUGGCGAAGUGGAUAAAAGAGAAUGGGGUUUUAGAAAUUGUUUUAAGAGAUUCGUUGCAUCAACCGCAGUACGUGGAGAAAUUGGAAAAGAUUUUACGUUUUAUUAUCAAAGAGCGUGCGCUUACUUUGGAAGAUCUGGACGCCGUGUGGGCAGCUCAAGCCGGCAAGCAUGAAGCGAUCGUGAAGAAUGUUCAUGAUUUGUUAGCAAAACUGGCUUGGGAUUUUAGUCCAGAGCAGCUAGAUCAUUUAUUUGAAUGUUUUCAGACAAAUUGGAAAACUGCCAAUAAAAAGCAACGAGAGAAAUUGCUAGAGUUAAUACGGAGACUCGCCGAAGAUGACAAAGAUGGGGUUAUGGCUCAUAAGGUACUGACGCUUUUCUGGAACUUGGCACAUUCUGAUGAAGUUCCUACGGAGAUCAUGGAUCAAGCACUUAGUGCUCAUGUAAAAAUACUGGAUUACUCGUGUUCCCAAGAACGAGAUGCACAAAAGACGAUAUGGCUGGAUAAGUGUGUCGAAGAACUGAAAAGCGGCGAUAAAUGGGCGCUACCAGCUCUUAAACAAAUUCGAGAAAUCUGUUGCUUGUAUGAACCUAGUCCGGUUACUAUGAGCCAUACUCAACGUAGUCAUCAUGUGUAUUACAGGCAAGAAGUUAUCGAACGUUUACAAAAUCAACAUUCAGUGGUAAUCCUUGUCACAAAUAGCUUGACAAAUUACAUGGAUAAGGUGCGGCAAUUGGUUAAAGAAAAUCCAGAGAUCAACGCGAACACCUUUAUGCCAGAUCGUCGGUAUAAUCACAUUAUGCAAGUGCAGGAAAGGCUGAAUUUUUUACGAUUUUUACUAAAAGAUGGUCAACUAUGGCUGUGUGCAGAACAAGCAAAACAGAUUUGGCAAUGCUUGGCAGAACAGGCUGCAUUCGUGUCUGAUCGUGAAGCUUGUUUUAAGUGGUUUUCUAAAUUAAUGGGAGAGGAACCAGAUUUAGACCCUUCAAUUAACAAAGACUUUUUCGAAAAUAAUAUUCUUCAAUUGGAUCCCUCAUUGCUAACAGAAAGUGGAAUUAAAUGUUACGAAAGGUUUUUUAAGGCAGUUAAUUCUAGAGAAGGUAAACUGAAACUCAAACGGAGAACGUUUCUAAUGGAUGACGUCGAUUUAAUUGGAACCGAUUAUCUGUGGAGGGUGGUAACCAAUGGUCCGGAAGAAAUUGCAAACCGGGGUAUAGAACUCUUGAAAGAAGUAAAUACUAAUCUAGGCCCACGAUUGCAAUCUACAGUUUUAGUGUUUCAUGAAAAUUACAUAGCAGAGUGUAUGGAUAGAUUAAAAGCUCAUUUUGACACAGUUUCUGUUUUAAGUAAAGUGCGUCUCGAUGGAAAAGAGGAACGAGAAGAUCAAAUGACUAACAAAAUUCGAAUGGAAGCUAUAAAAAUGUGUCGAGUGAUGAAAGUUCUUCAAGAAUACUUGAACGAAUGUGAUACUGCCUAUCCUGGAGAAAGAAAAAUUUUACCAUUGCACAGAGCAGCUCGUGGCAAGUAUCUAUGUCUUGUCAUUCGAUUCGCUAGUCCUGGCCGCAACGCUGAUGACUUGGAUGUCUUUACACAUAGCAACGAUACUUUGGCUUCCUUAAGACGACAAAUAUUGCGCAGGAUCAAGGCCAAUGGCUCGAAUGUUAAGCUAGAUUUAUUCAUCAAUGGCGAGUCGUUAGAACCGGCAGAUGAUAGAAAGCUGCUGUCUCAAAUUCCCCUGAGAGAUAAAAUGCUCUUAUCUGCAAAAUUGAGCCAAGUGAGCAGUAACCUGCCUAGUUCUCCGGAAAGCAGUUCGGACAGUUCCACGAGUUCUCCGCACCACUUAUACGAUGGACCCAAUUUAGAAGCAGAGAACAGUCUACCUGGUGUAGUCAUGUCUCAGAGACCGCAAUAUGCGACGUUCUUUUUUCAAUUAGCGGAUCUUGGAUGCAACCUGCAACAUCCUCAGUUACGCGACGGAGCGCGUAAUCUUCUACAGUUAGUGCCACCGGACACUCUUACAGUGACUCGAUUACAGUGGCUUUUCGGACAUUACAGAGAUGACGAACCAUCACAGAACCCACAUUGCAACGAACAGAACACCAACGUUGAUACUUUGUUCUUCUCUGCUAGCCCCAGCCAAGUUUUAUAUAAUUUAGAAGUACUAUACACGUUACUAAUGCCGGCACUUGAUCCUAUGUCUGAAAGAGCAUUUGAUUUUCAAUACAAUUUCAUAAAGAGCGGAGAGGCCGGGGUAAUUCUUGAUAUGUUAACGAAAAACAAAUUUCUUCCCAAUGCGGAUGAAUCCACUAAAAGAUCGGCGUAUCUAACGGUAUUGAAAUUGUGCAAACUUCUACUGACCGUUAUUGGAAACGCGAUGGCUUGCGUUGUGGACGAAGUACAGCAAACCUCUAUUCCUGAGAACCACGGGAAUCUCAUUCACAACAACCGAGGGCCUGUGGCCGUUCUCAAACAAGCAUUGCACAGUGUACCGAAUCAGAACACCGAAUACAUGCUGAGAAACGUAGCGGCUAAGCUCGCCCAACACUUCGCAAGUCAAAUGUUAUCCGGUGUCUCGGAAUCGGACAGGUGUCGACAACUCUUUAUACAAGCUCUUUCGUGGGAAUUGCCAGACAUGGCAACCAUUCGUGCCAUAAUAAGAUUAGCUUGGGCGGCGUCGACAGGAAACUUGAACAACAUUAAUGCCUCUACCGAAAUUCUCCAUGCUGUGCAUGAGACGAAUCAGAAGGAGCAAAAAACUCCGGAUAAUGAUGACGUAUUAGUGUGUAAGGAAGCUUUAGAAGUCUUGACAAUAGCUUUAGUUUUGAAUCCAACCGCUUUGGACACGCUGACCCGAGACAAGAUUUGGCAUACCUUCUUAAUAGACUUGGUUCUGCUAAGUACUUCAAGGGCAGUGCGAAUGGCAGCCGCUGAGCAGUUUUUACUCAUAUCUACGUGGUGCAGUAGUGGGCACCAACCAUUACAGUUUUCUAUUAUGCUUCUCUUUACCGUUCUUAAUACGACUGUGGUGGAAAACGCCAAACAAAGUCACGAGUACUUUCAGUUGUUGUGUAGAUUACUCAAUUUCGCCCAAAUUUCGGGUUGCCCACUUUCAACCGCUGAAACGUUACUUAGCAACGAAAUAACAUGGUUGAAAAAAGUUCGAGAUACCGUAAAAGAGUGCGGAGAAAGUCAGAUGGAAGAGGCGGUGUUGGAGGGUCAUUUGGGCCUUACCAAGGAGUUAUUAGCCUUUCUUCCUGCGAGUAAGAAAUACGAGUUGGGCUCGGACGAGAAGCGAGGCAUCAAUUUGAUAAAGGAAUUGGUUGAAGAUUUUAUAUUUCCGGCAUCUCGACUAAUGCUGCAGCUUCGAAGCACUGGAGAACUCAGUUCUUCCCAAGCUUGUCCAGUGUGCACAACCCCACAAUCAACCAGCGCAGCAUUCGACCUCCUCGUGGGCCUCUGCGUAGGCUGCGUUCCUAACAUGAAACUUCUAGUCACUAUGCUCACCGACAUGUUCUAUUCAGAAAGGGACGAACCCUUGGUAGAAUGGGAUUACUUACCACCCGUAGGACCACGGCCUCAUAAGGGUUUUGUUGGUUUAAAGAACGCUGGUGCAACGUGUUACAUGAACUCGGUACUACAGCAGUUGUACAUGGUCGAAAGUAUCAGGGUGGGUCUUUUAGCUGCGGAAGGAGCAGCUACGGAUUUGAACGAGGAUUUCUCAGGAGAAGAGAAGGUCGACGGAGAGCAGACCAUUGAAGCUAACGACAAUGAUACAAACGAGGAAAGGUGCGGGGCUGACGAAUCGAGAAAGGAGUAUAAUAUCGGUAUACUAAAGCAAGUACAGGCGAUAUUUGGCCACCUUGCGUAUAGCAAAUUGCAGUACUACAUACCCCGUGGGCUCUGGAGGCAUUUUAAACUUCAAGGGGAACCGGUCAAUCUUCGAGAGCAGCAGGACGCCGUAGAAUUUUUUAUGAGUCUCGUGGAGAGUUUAGAUGAAGCCUUGAAGGCAUUAGGGCAUGAGCAGAUAAUGGGCAAGAUACUCGGUGGCUCAUAUAGCGACCAAAAAAUCUGCAAAGGUUGCCCUCAUAGGUAUUCGAAAGAGGAACCCUUCAGCGUAAUAAGUGUUGACAUUCGGAAUCAUAGCAACCUGUUAGAUUCUUUGGAGCAGUAUGUCAAAGGAGAACUCCUUGAAGGUGCUGACGCUUAUCACUGUGAUAAGUGUAAUAGGAAGGUCGUGACCGUGAAGAGAUUAUGCGUGAAGAAGUUGCCACCGAUAUUAGCUAUUCAAUUGAAGAGGUUUGAGUACGAUUUUGAAAGGGUGUGUGCGAUAAAGUUUAACGACUAUUUCGAGUUCCCGAGAGACUUGGACAUGGAUCCAUAUACCGUAUCCGGACUUGCUAAAUUGGAAGGAGAAGUUAUAGACUGCGAUUACGAAGAGGCAAUAAAGGGAACUUGUACCAAAUAUCAGCUGAGCGGUAUCGUAGUUCACAGUGGGCAAGCCAGCGGUGGUCACUAUUACUCUUAUAUCUUGCACAGAUUAAAUGACGGCACUGCAAAGUGGUACAAGUUCGACGAUGGUGACGUUACCGAGUGUAAGAUGGAAGAGGAAGAGGAAAUGAAGUCACAGUGUUUCGGCGGUGAUUACAUGGGCGAAGUAUACGAUCAUAUGCUGAAACGCAUGAGUUACCGGAGACAGAAACGAUGGUGGAAUGCGUACAUGCUGUUCUACACGAGGUUGGAUGUAGAAGAGAACUCUUUAAUGAAAAGCGUCAACGAAUUAUCUCUCUAUACGAAACUUGGCGUAAUGCGAAUGCCUCCUGCGAUCGAAUACAGCGUUAGGAAGCAAAACAUUAAAUUCAUGCAUAACCGCAAUCAGUUUAGCGUGGAAUACUUCCAAUUCAUUAGGAAGCUCGUUUCUUGCAAUUCGCACUCGGUUAACAGACAAAAUCCGAGUGAUAAAUUUAGCCCCGAGGCCGAGGAACUAGCAAUGUUGUCAGUGCAAUUAGCAUCAAGAUUUCUAUUUUACACGGGCUUUCACACGAAGAAGACCUUACGAGGUACAGCAACGGAUUGGUAUGAUAUUUUAUGCCACCAUCUCCGCGGCAGCAAGGCAGUGCGCUCCUGGUUUGCUCAUAACGUUCUCUUCAAUCAUCCACAUAGAUUUUGCGAGUACCUCUUGAGCUGUCCUAGUCCUGAUGUACGGACAGCUUUUCUAAAGAUUUUGGUAUUUCUCGCGCACUUUUCCCUACAAGAUGGUCCUUGUCCACCUAGUCUAAAUGCACCGUCAAUCUUAUUGGAUCCUGCGGCGACACUCAGCGAUCAUCUGCUGCAUGCGGUUCUAUCCUUGCUCCACCGAGAGAUAUCGGAUCAUGGUCGUCACUUGCCGCACUAUUUCUCCCUCUUUCAUACUUACGCGUCACUCGGUUUUGCUGAAAAAGCGCAGCUACUCAAGCUAAAUGUGCCGGUAACAUUUAUGCUGGUCGCAAUCGACGAAGGACCGGGCCCUACGAUAAAAUAUCAAUAUCCUGAAUUGACGAAAUUGCAUCAAGUGGUUAGCAUGUUGAUACGUUGCUGCGAUGUGUCAUCGAGAUGUCAAUCAAGCCAGGCUCAAAAUGCUGUACCGCCGUUGCCAAAUCCUUAUGGCGAUCCGUCCUGUCAACCGGACUAUCUUAUGCCCAUCCAGCCUCAAGCUGCUGACAUACUUUUCGUUAGAACUAGCUACGUUAAGAAGCUAAUUGAAGAUGCUAACGUAACGGAAGACACCGUUAAGUUUUUGGCGUAUUGCUGCUGGGAGAAUCCACAUCUCUCUCGAACCGUUCUUAGUGAGCUGUUGUGGCAAAUUGGAUUUGCUUACACUCAUGAAUUAAGACAUCAUACUGAUCUUCUAUUCGCAAUGCUUAUUAUGGAGGAUUCGUGGCAAACUCAUCGUGUCCAUAAUGCGUUGAAAGGAGUGCCCGAUGAGAGAGAAGGUUUAUUUGAAACGAUACAAAGAAGUAAGAACCAUUAUCAGAAACGAGCCUAUCAGUGCAUCAAAUGUUUGGUGCAAGUUUUCAGCAAAUGCAGACCUGCGUACCAACUAUUGCAUCACAGUUCGGAUUUAAAGCGCAAAUGGAUUCUUGCUAUCGACUGGCUUCAGGACGAAUUGGAUAAGCGACCGUAUACUUCGGCUACGCCAUAUACUCACGCUUACAAUAACUGGUCACCACCGGCGCAGUCCAACGAGUGCGCCAACGGGUACUUCCUGGAACGUAGUAACAGUGCUAAAAAGACUCUCGAAAGAGCUUACGAGCUCUGUCCAGACGACGAACAAGAAAUCGAAGAAACAACCGAGGAAGUUACCGAAGACUCCGAGAAACGUAUUAAAGUGGUAUAUCCUAAAAUCUUCGGUCGGACUGGUUAUUCAUCAGAGUGGGUCGAAGAACGAGACCUUUACGAGCCCGGUUGCGUGUCCGUAUCAACGGGUUACACCCCGCAGCCCGACGUAACAGGGACCCAGGAGACCCAAGAGGAGCAACAACCGCAGCCAGGACCUUCGCCAGUCCACUGGACUCGCGCGAACAACCAAAUGCACAGUCCGCAGAAUUCGGAAUCGACUCAAAGCACCAGUCAGGAUCCAUAAUGAAUGCUAAACCUCGAUUCUCGGCCCAGUUGCUGCCUCGAUGAAACCGCUUCGGAAUAUCUACGUUUCGCCGUGCCAGUGGCUCAGUGCCGAACGGUAGACCGUAUGUACAGAUGAACAUACCAAAAGAAACCUAAGAGAGAGUGAGUCUGUUCUUUCCGACUGGACUUGUUUCAUUAAGUAGAUUACGUUACGUUGGUCAGUUACACCGUGGACGUUUUCGCACGAGUUAAGCGUACAAUCGAGACGCGGCGUUUAGCCAUUGGUACCCUUUCCGACUUUGGAACGAAACUGCCGCGCGAAUCGUGACUAAGAGAGAAUGGUAAGGUUGUAUAAAUGUAUAGCGAGUAAUGUUAUCGGGAUCCCGUCUCUGCCGAAUAGAACGAAUAUUAAAGAAGCGCAAUUCUCUCCGUGUACUUGUGUAAAUUUGAACAUAUUGUUAUAUUAAUAAACACUUGAGAAAGAAAACUCUUAGAGGGAGCUCGCGAGGCACGGCCAAGGAGUAGGACGGCCUUCGAUACCCUUGGCUCUGCCUUACGGCGUAAGCCGCGUCGCGGUCCGCCGAGAUACGACUUCCCGCUUCGCGACACCUUUUAGUUUCGUCUAUGGAAACGGUCUUUCGGUACUUAAUCGAGCGAGCAAUAAGGGAAGGGUACGGAGAGCGAGCGCAGCUAGCUCCCGAAGCUUCCUCGACGAGACGUCGCGAUUUGGUGGCGUAUUCCUCCGUAUGGCUCGGACCCGGUUUCGGCCUCUCGUCGCGCUUAGUUCCUUAGUUUCUGUCCGAGCGAUGUCGCGAGUCGUGCCUUUCGUUUCUUUUUACGGUUUGUCGGCUCCCGGGCAAACCUCUUAUUUCCAAUCUCGUUAGUCAUUGCGCGCGCGCGUCCUUUAUUUUGCAUCCGCUCCGGCUCGCCCCCGUACCUUCCGAAACGUCCGGAGCGAGGGAGAACUCGUCGGCGACGGCGGCACCGUGACCGAGCGAACGAAGGCGGAAGAGGGGGGUCGCGUCGCUAGGCGUAUCGUUGGAAGAUACGAGUCAUCGUUAUCGAGCCGCGGUCUCUUCGCAGCUUUGUAAAGCGGUUAUUUGUAUUUAACGAAGCUCUAGGUAGUUAACUAAUCUAGAUUAACCCGCCGCGUUUCUAAGGUAUACUCUCGUGUUACCGUAUAUCUAUGUAAGGGACGUAUUAGCGCGAAGGGACUCGACUCGUAUACAGCGUCGAACCUCGAUACGAGCGGAGAAACUCGCGAGAACUGACCGUAGAACUCGGAUUUAGUGAUGCGUGGUACGUAGCUGCUGUAGAGAUAUACAUAUAAUAUUAUUAAAGAGAUUUCGAGUCACUCGACGUAGCAAAGAAAAACGGUGGGGGAGCCAAAGGGAUCCUCGCGCGGGCGGAGGGUGUGAAUACCAACGACUAGGUCGAGACCCCAGGAACUUAGAGGAAAAGCGAAAGAUACGCGAAGACGAUUAUUGCUCGUAUUUAUCGAUUAACCGUGUUUAAAGAGAGACAGCGUACCAAAUUUAAUAAUAGCUCUUACUCUCCGAUCGGUUUAUAAUAACGAUGGUACCUAAAUCUUCUUCAGAUAUGUACAUACAUAUAUAACUGCUUUUUAUAUGUGAUAAACAAAUCAUUAUAUUCCUACUAUAUACGCGAAUGACGGAGGCGCUCCUGUAAAUCCUGGUUUUUUGUACACACUCCGUACGUAUCAUAAGUUCAACCCUUUUGUUAUCGAGAGUGUAGUUGAUAAUUAUUUAAUAUUUAAUUCUAUCGCUACUAAGCUUUUCAGUCUUGUGUACGAUAAUAGUCGAUUUCGAAUCACCUAUCCGAGGAAGAGUCGAAUACGAGACCGGAAAACGAGAGAUUGCUGAGAGCUUGGUCGGACCCUUUUGCGCAUUGCUUCACAUCGGAGCGGACCGUUUUUUAUCGCGGGAACACUUGCUUGACAUCCUUUUGCCGUUAACCGUCCCAAAGGAGGAAAUACCUUCGGUGAAACGUCGAUGGAUGGACGGUCUUAACACUAGGUUUACGGGCGUUUUAUACAUGUUACGGUGAAACACCGAAAUCUGGAGAA